GUAACGCUGACUAUCAUCCAGCCUGCUAGCACCUUUGUUGUGUUUGGCGCGUUCCAGGUUACGCAUCGCAUGCGCCGCACACGGGCCCUGACCAACUCGGGCUCCGACUCAAAGCCUGUGUUACCUUUGUGACGUCUAAGCCACGCAUCGGCUGGAUGCAAAUCUCCAAAACAAGCGCGGGGCCCCCAUUGCAAUCCUCCGCUUCACCUUGCUGAGCCCACUUCAAGCGAUUACUUGGAGGACUGUGUUUCUGCCGUAAACGUUGCUUAGACGAGCACGACUGGUCUCUCAGAUUCAACAAGAGAACUAUUUGUUCUCGGUCUAUUUGCGGUCGACUGCUCUCGUUCUACUGCUCUCGGCUGCUUCGUACACAUCUUAAGCACGAAGCACAGGUCCAGAAUACAUACGGACGCUGUCUUGCGCUGGGCCUGGCCAGGCCCAACUCCUAGCUUUCUCGUGCAAUGGCGCCAGGGCCAGGGCCACGCGGAGGUUCUUGUCCUCCGUUUACUAAAAAUGUUGGAGGUGGCUACAAGCUUGGAAUUGUGGUCGUCCUGGAUGAAGAGGGGAAGGCAGAGGAGACAAUACCACCCCCGGGCUGCCUACCGGACAAGCCUUGGGACCCUUGCGACUUCCAGCUCCUCAUCAUUGCGGCGGAAUACUGCGCUGCAGUACAGGAGCUGCUGACGUGGACGUUUCCCUCGCCCCUGUGGGAUGGCGCCAAGGAGCACGUGCUAGGGUGCACCAGCGCCUUGGUCUCGGGCCGGGAGCUGCCGCGGCCCGUGUUCGAAGAUGAGGACGGCGGCGAUUUCCCUGACUGGUUUGCUGUCGCGGGCCAUCUGGCAUGGGCCAACUUCACCUACUGCUAUUUCUUUGGGACCAACGACCUUGCCGGUCUGCCGGGGAAAAAGCCGCGCGGAGGCGGAGCUGGUGGCAAGGUGGCGGCAGCCAAGGGAAAGGCGAAGGGGAAGGCGAAGGGGAAGAGCGUGGCCAAGGGGCGGGGCGCGGCGGCAGCAGCGGCGGCAGCGGCUGACGGGGCGGGCGGCGGCGAUGGCUCGGAGGAGGACGGCACAGCCGGUGGGGGCGCUCUUGAGGUUGAGCAUGAGGCUUACAAGUGGCUGCUCCGGCUGGUGGGCACGCACGGGUGGCACCCAGAGGGCGAGGUGUCGGGCGCCAUCGGGGAGUGGGCCAAGAAGACACGCGAGUGGCUGGACAACAGCCUGGGCGAGGGCUGGACAAGGCAGCAGGCGGCGGAGUCGGAGGCCCGCCAAGUCAGCAAGACCAAGUCGCUCAAGAGCGCGGACGCAGACGCGCCGUUCUUCCCCAUCUACCCCUACCACGUCAACUCGGGUAAAUCAGACAACCGUGUCAAGUGCUCGCUGACGGCUGCGAAGAAGGGCAAGCAGCAGCCGGCCGCCGCCGCCGCCGCGGCUGGGGCGGAGGAGGGGGCCAAGAUGGAGCGCAGCUUUCCUGCGGGCUGCUGCGGCCUGCCCGCGGACUACGGCCAGGCCCACAACUGCACGCUGGGCUUCCUGGUCAUCUCCGACGUGUGUGAGGCGCUCAUACAGUCGGCGGAGGGCUGGGACAAGCUGCCAGAUAGCGGGGCGGCCCUGCCGGCCUUCCUGUACAAGCACGUACUGAAGCACAAGACCGGCACCAAGGGCCGCCCUCCGGUCCCGGCCGAGCACCUGGCGUCCGGCUACCCGCAGCUGCUGGCCAGCUGCGUGGAGGGCUGGGAGCGCGCGCUUGCGCACGUGCACGGCGUGUGGAUGCCGGCGGUAAUGGAGGCGUAUCAGGACGCCACCACAUCGUCGCCCGAUGUCUGGUACGCGCUGCUGGGCGACGGCGACGGCGCCGCGAGCGCUGCGGGUGUAGCCACCGCGUCUGGUAGCGGCUCGUGCGCGGCGCGGCUGGUGCGCCUCCCCGGCGUGCCGAAGCCGCAGCUGCUGCUGCCGUGCUGCAUCCCACCUGAGGAGAUAGUGGCGCGGGGGGAGAUGGUGGAGGAGCUGGCGGGGGAGCGGGCGGUGCAGAUGCGCGCGGAGUACCAGGCGCGGGUCAAGCAGGAGCAGGAGGAGCAGCAGGAGCGGUCGCCGGGGCCGGUGCCGCCGAGGCCGGACGUGGAAGCGCAGAGCCGGCUGCGGCUGGCGCCGGCAGCAGCAGCUGCAGCGCUAACAACAGGACUGGCCGCGACAGCAGGAGCAAGCGCGCCGCCGGUGGCUCCGGUGUUAGCCUCAGGGCCGCCCGGCCAGGCGGGCUGUGCCGCCGCCGCAGCUUCAUCGGAGGCGUCAGACGCCGUGUUUGUGCCGCAGUUGUACCCACAGCAGCCGGCUGCAGGGCUGUACGGGGUGGCGGCGAUGCACGUGGACAAUCCACACGAGCCGGGCUUGCUGCAGCUUAUGCAAGGCAUGCAACUGGCCCCACCAGCCGCUGUGGCAGCAGCAGCUGUGGGCGCCGGCGUGGGUGUGGGUGCCGGUGCCGGCCAGGCGCCGGUGCCGGGGCCCGUGCCGCUGCUGGGUUUGAUGGAGCGUGUGCGUGUGGCGCUGGUGGAGGACAUGGAGUGGUGCCAGCAGCAGGCGGGCGCAAGGGGGGAGGCAGCGGGGGAUGCGGCGCUGGUUGAGGCGCUUGCGUCGUUGGAGCGGAUGCUUGGAGAGCGGAGGGCGCGGUUGCACGUCUGAGUUUGCGGAGUGGGAGGGA